CCCGGCCCGGUUAUGUGAGCGCCGGGGCCUUCUCCUCGCGGAGCGGAUUCCAAAUGUCCUGCCAUGGAUGAUGACAGCCAGGAUGAGCUGAUAAACAAGAAUGCUGCGCUAGGCAAGGGCAAAAGACAGAGUCUCGCGCUCCUCAGUGAAACAGAAAGCAAUGGUGGAAAUAGCUGUGAUUCAGAAGAUGAUACCAGAAGUGAGGAGGAAGAAGAUGACACUGAGGAAGAGGGAGGUGAGGAGGACAAGGAAGAAAGUCAAGAUGAAGAACUAGAAGAUUGCGAAGACUAUGAUGAAGAAGAGGAAGAGGAGGAAGAAACUGAGGCCGCUGUGGGGGGAAUGACCGAUUCUCUGAAAUUAGAGCCACACGUAAACGGAGCGAGCAUUUCCUCUGAUGAGGACGGUGAAAACUGCCCCAUCUGCCUCAACACGUUUAGGGAUCAGGCUGUUGGGACUCCUGAGAACUGUUCCCAUUACUUCUGCUUGGACUGCAUCGUGGAGUGGUCUAAGAAUGCAAACUCCUGCCCAGUGGAUCGAAUCCUCUUUAAGUACAUUAGCAUUCGGGCACAUUUUGGUGGGAAAAUCUUAAAAAAGAUUCCUGUUGAGAACACGAAAACUCAGGGUAAUGAUGGAGAGGAUGACCCAACCUUCUGUGAGGUGUGUGGCAGAAGUGACCGUGAGGAUCGCCUGCUGCUGUGUGAUGGCUGUGAUGCAGGGUAUCACAUGGAAUGCCUUAAUCCACCUCUGAGUGAAGUCCCUGUAGAUGAAUGGUUCUGUCCAGCCUGUGCCCCCAUGGAUGUCAGUGCUGCUGCAGAUACAGAUCAUGUCAGUGAAGAAGAGGUUGCUGCCCUUGUAGCUGACGUUAUUCCCACCACCAGUAGGCUACGCCCUCACGUCCGAACCCGAGCUAUAGCCAGAACUCGGCAGAGCGAACGAGUUAGGGCGACAGUGAACAGAAACCGGAUAACAACAGCGCAACAAAUUCAGCACGUGCCAAGGUACCUCAUGUCUUCUCUUCUGGAUGAAACAAUUGAGGCAGUUGUAGCAGGCCUAAACACAGCCAUCUACCAGCGUCCUCUUACACCGCGGGCUCCUGCUAGGCAGAAGAGAAGAACAGGUAGGAGGAAGAAAGUAGGAGGCAAAAAAAGAACUCAGACGAAAUCUUCUGCUGGGAAGAAGAGUUCAGGGACACAGCUGAAGAGACGCAAGCGUCCGACAAAGAAGAGAAGGGGGAAAAAGAUGAGAGUGAAAAAUGAGGUUACUACUCGCUCCCGUAUUGCAAGAACCCUUGGUCUUAGUAAACCUGUGCGUGGGGCCUCGCUUCCUUCCAUGUACAAACCAAUGGAGCCCUCACUUGGUCUGAUGAGAGCAGAUAUUGGUGCAGCUUCUCUGUCUGUGUUUGGAGAUCCGUAUGAGUUGGAUCCUUACGAAAGUAACGAAGAGGUUCCAGCAAAUCCAGAUUCACCAGUGAGUGCCAAAAGAAGAGUUCUCUCCCAGUCAGCACUGAGGUCUCACCGUCCAGUAGCUAGACCUAUUUCUGUGGGACUUCCCAGAAGCAGUGUACCUGCCAUGAGUCCUGAUCAAGAAGCAGAAGCUGCUCCUGUGCCUGAUCUGUUGGGAAGUAUCCUGUCUGGACAGAGCUUUCUCAUGAUGAGUAGUUCGGAUGUGGUCAUCAACAGAGAUGGUUCGCUGACAGCAAAGAAGGCAGCUCCACUUCACAGAAAAUCAACGAAUGACUCGAGAGUGGAUGAUGGUGCAGGACAUAACACCCAACCGAGUACAGUGCACUCAGGGACCACAGCAAGCAGCUCCAUUGAUGGACCUUCAGUUUCCUCAGGGCUGAGUACUCGCACCAGACCCUCCUCCUCAAGUUUGUCUUCAUCACCUUCACCCUCACUGAGCAGGAUUGAGCCUGCAGCAAACCCUGCACAGACUACAUCAGAAAAGGCAACUGUAAAAUCAGAAUAUUCAAUGACACCCAGGUCUGUUCAGACUCAGAAUAUAGCUACUCUGAGCAGGCAUGGCUCCAAGUCAGAUGAAAUGCCCAGAUUUGAUAGAAACUCUAAGAGCUUUGCACCCACUGACUCAUCUUCAAAGCCCCUUAGCUGUAACUUGAAUUCUGGCUCAAAAGCUGUGACUGUGAGGCAGCCACUAAAACCACCUCCCAAGAGAAUUGACAUUUUUGAGCUUCCCAGGAUACCAAAGAUUAAAAAGGAAACCAGCAGCAAGCAGGUGGAGCCAGAACCCACAGGAAGCCAAAGCUGUGACAUCCCCAGCUCCUGUAUAACCCAGCUGACUGGCAAAGAGAGCACUAAUCAGCCAGGAAAGGGUAGCAAGGUGGAAAGUCAGAAGUCAAACGCCAAGGAAUCUCAGCAACAAACGCGUACAAGCGGGGUGUCUUUUUCUAGCAAUACAGGCGUGUAUAGCAGUUCAUCGCUACUGGGCACUUCGAGGAGCAAAGGCCCAAGCUCUUUCGAGAGUUUUAAAAUCAAUAUUCCUGGAAACGCAGGGCAUCCCAGCAGACUGUCUAACCCAGGAUUUUGUAACACCUUCCGCCCUGUGGACGACAAAGUGCAACAGAAAGAGAGUCCUUCACCUCUUUUCUCAGUUAAGAAAAAGCAGGUCAAAAGUGAAAUAUAUGAUCCCUUUGAGCCCACAGGAUCGGACUCGAGUUCGGCAAGCAGCAGUCCUGAAAGGCUCGGCUCAGGGAUCCCGCUAACUAACAUUACCAGGACUAUUUCCAUUGAAAAUCCAAAAGUUCAAAUGUUUCAAACUGUCCGUCGUUUCACCCCUUACAUGGUAGAAAAUAUAUUUGGAUCUGAGGCUGACUCCGACGUACCAUCUAGUAACAUAGAGUCUCAUGAUGAUGUGACGGUAGAAAGCAGGAUUGUAGAACAGAUCUCUGAUACAGAUGAACGAGACAAUAUGGAUGAGGAAGACUUUCUAAGCAGUCCUUGCACUUCAUCUGCUGUUAAGCAAAUUUCUAAUGCAGAGUGUUUAAAGGAGGAAAGCAGAGAGGGCCCUAAUGUGUUCUUUAAUGCUGAAGAAUUGAUUAGACCUAAUAUUAACGUGAAACUAGAACCAGAUAGUCCCUCAAAGAAUGAUGGGCAGCCCAAAGUCCAAAAGGUAGAACAAACAGAGAGGCGAUCGCGUUCCAGAUCCUGUUCAAACUCCAGCUCCCGAAGCAAGAAGAAGAUGAAAAGGAAAAAGGCACUUGUCAAAGAGCGUAAGAGAUCCCGAUCAGGGUCUAGGGGCAGAGCACACUCAAGGGACCGAAGCUCCAGAUCUACCUCUUGGUCAGGUGGAGAAGAGCAUAGCAAAACACACUCAUUGAAACCCAAGAGCAGGAGGUCUUCUACUGACCGUUCUAGCAGUCACGAACGAUCUAAAAAAAAGAAAAUGAAGGAUAAAACCAAGGAUAAAAAGGCAAAAACUUCUUGGUCUAGGGAGAAAAGGAAAUCUAGGUCACGUUCAGGUAGUCCUGGAAGUACUUCUGAGUUUCACGAAAAUAGGAAAAAGAAAAGACGGUCUCGAUCAAGAUCAAGACGGAGGGAACGUUCCCGGUCAAAUAGCAUUGAGAGGACUAAAAGGCGGAAACACAGGAGAGACAAAAGCUAUGAGAGGUAUGAUAAAGAUAGUAGCUUGAGGUCAAGGGACAGAAAGAGAUCGAGAUCCAGGUCUCGGGAGAGGAGAAAGUGGAGGUCUCGGUCUCGGUCUGCAUCUCGAUCUCGGGAGCACAAAAGCAGCAAAUCAAAGGACAAAAGACCACGAUCGAGAUCACGCUCCAAAGAAAGAAAACACAGAUCGAAAGAGACCUCGCUUCCUCCUCCACCAGAAAAGGAUCAAAAGCCUCCAGUUGAAAACGUGUCCAGGUGUCUGGAGCAACCCCAUUCCUUCAAACAAGAGCCAAAGGAGGAGCUAGUACUAGAAGAGCUUUCCAUAACCAUCCAACCAAAUGUCAAAGUUGAGGAAAUACAGGCCGAGACCCCAGUUCAACUGAGAGAGGCCCAAGAAACUGUAAAGGUAGAGCCCAUCUGUCAGGAAGUGACUGGUGAAACUGCAUUCCCUGUGCCAGAGAUCGCAAACAUUUGUGUUCCAAUUGGCAAUGUGGAUUCUUUUGCUGAAACAGAAUUAAUGAGUCGUAGAGAUCCAGCAAUGCUCGGUAGCUGUAGCAAUGCAAACCUUGAGAUUACAGUUAAAAUAGAAAAUACUGCGUUAUGUCCAUCUCUGAUGGAACCACCCCCAAAGAAGGAAGUUACCAUGCACGCUCCGACUGAGGCUGCGCCAAUUCAAAGCUCAUCCAAAAUAACCGAUGGUGCGAAGGAGGUUAAAGAUGAGUGCUUUGUGUCAAAUGAGAAAACCGGUAAUUUCAGCAAGCCUGAACUGGAGGUGGUACCUCAGGGUCCUGCAUUGAAAUCAAAAGCACCAGUGAAGAGAGUUACCUGGAAUCUUCAAGAAGAAGAAAGCGGCACAUUGUCUGCCGCAAAAAUUCCAAGGAUGCCGUUUUACAAACUUCAGCGAGCAAAAGAAGGGGCCUGGAAAGCAGAGGACUUGAACCAAACGUUAAAUCAGGUGCAGUUAAAUGAGCCUCCUCCAACCAAUUAUAUGAUUCCUGAGCCUAUGUUUCCUGAUCUAGAUUCCUCUCAGGUGUACUGUCAAAAUAUACCUUUGACGCCACCUCUACCCUCAAGCCUUCCCCCCUAUGCCCCUGUCAGCCAGCCCACGGUUCAGUUUAUCAUGCAGGGUAGUCUUCCAGCGCUUGGCUGCAUGGCAGGACAGAGCCUGACUCCGGAGCCGGGCAGCCUGGCUACUGCAUCUGAACCAGGAAUCCAAGCUGCUUCUGUUGGAAACGCGGAGGAAAAGAUCAAAGCACCCAAACCUCCAGUGGAUAAAACGAAAAAUGAGGAAUACAUGAAGAAGCUUCACAUGCAGGAAAGGGCUGUGGAAGAAGUGAAACUUGCUAUUAAACCUUUUUACCAGAAGAGGGAGAUUACAAAGGAGGAGUACAAGAACAUUCUUCGAAAAGCAGUGCAAAAGAUCUGUCACAGCAAAAGUGGAGAGAUCAACCCUAUGAAGGUCGCUAAUCUGGUGAAGGCAUAUGUGGAAAAAUACAAACAUAUGAGGAAACAUAAGAAAUCCGAUGGUGAAGAUACACGGGAAGUGGAAAACUGAGAGCAAGCCACAGCCAGCAUGACUUGGACUGAACUUAACUCUGGCUGCAAACAGAAUGCCAGAGGGAGUCACAGAUCUGCAGUUGCAUCUCAUUGAACACAAAGUGCAGAGACGCAGGAUUAUAAUAGGACUUAUCUGCGGAACCUUCUUUUGAAUUGUUUCCAUAUGGGAAUGAACUUGGGGUUUUUUUUGCAUUACCUACAGAUGUAGAAGUAAAUAACAAUCAAAUGCCUCAGACCAGCAGAGUAAUUCGAGGGGAAACACAGAAGAGAUUAAUGUUUGGGACUCCCGGAUUGCUACAGUUUUCAGGGUUACUUUGAUCACAUUUUUGGGCUGUGCGCCUGUCUUGCUAAAAGUUUAAGCGGGACACCACUUUUCAUAUACAGUAUAUUGAGAGCUGUAUACUGUUUCCCUUGUGUUUAUUUAUCAAAAUAUGGAUUGUCUUUAGAAACUUCUGAUUUAAUACUUGAAAUGUUGUAUUUUUAGCCUGUUCGAUGGUGAGCGAAGCUUUACUCGCUCUGUCAUUUGGGGAUUGCAGAAAUGAGCUAACCUUUAUAAAUUUACUUCAGAAACACUGCCCAAGCCGUGGUGUUUAUUUACAUUCUGUUGGAAGUAUCUCAUUAGUGAAAAUUUUAAUUUCGGGGUGGGAGACUGUGUUGCACUUCUGUAAAUAAUGCACUGAUGGCUGGUUUUGUGUCUGCCUUUCAGGAAAAAAUGAAACAGAAAGCAAGCGUUGUGAAUUUUCAGUCACAAGCUGGAGGCAUAAGGUUGAACUGAUGUACAAAGCAGAAAUGU